AGCUCGCGCUGCUGAGAGCGUGCAGUGACAGUGGGAAGCACAAUCUGUGAGCAGAGAGCGCGAGGCAGAGACCGUGUAACAAGCUGUGUGAACUAUGAGUGGACCAAACACGUGCAGCACGAGAGAUGACUGACCAGGCAGCAGUUUGGAACAAAUGACAGAAGAUUACACAUGCUGGGUUUCAAAUAAGAAGAUGCCGGCAGCAGAAAGUGAACGUAAUUUGAUCACAUUUAAGAGUAAGAAGAUGCUGUUGACCGUUUUACCUCCGAUGGAUGCCUGAAGUGUCUCCAGCAGAAUCAGCAGCAGCUAUUUAACUGAAAGGAUCUCUUGGUGGAAGUCUGCCAGCGGGGGGCCAGGAUGUGGCCCCCUGACCUCGGGCCUCCAGACGUCCAGCUGACUCUUCCUGGUUUCGGGAGUGUGUUUGAGGAUGCAGAGGACCCUCAGGCGCCGCUGUCUUCUGGUGGCUUCUGUCAGUCCUCUAUACAGUCAGGUGGUCUUGGUAUGUGCUGUCUUCCGAGGACUUCCCUGUCCUCGCUGGGCCGCGACCUCACCUCCCACAUAGAAAAGACAAUGGAGGACUUUGCAACCCCGGGGCACACAGAUCCUAAAAACAACACCCAGAGGUUCAGUUGUUACCCCCAGCCCUCCCUCCCGUUAUCCUACAUGCUCACUAGCUGUACCACAUUGCCUCCUUUUGGCUCUCCACCCUCCUCUCUUCCCUCUUCCUUCUCCUCGUCAUCUUUAUUUUUCUCCUCUUCCUUGCCUCUUUCUGAUGUACCUGGUGGCAACAAGACUCCUCAUCUCCAGCAAAAGAUACAGGAAGAGUAUCUCCCAAUAAAGCAAGAGCCUGCAGAUGAUUUCUCGCCGUGUAAGAGGGAACAGUUUCAAAACAAAAACCAGCAGGGGGAGCUGUUCCAUGUGGGCCAGACCUUCAAAGGUCAGGAAGGCACCCUACUUCAUAUCCCGAGGCUUAACGGACCCGGAGGCCAGGACCCUGCAGUGGACCAGCAGGACCAGCCGUGUCACUGGAUCGACUGCAACGCCACCUACUGCAGCCAGGAAGAGCUGGUGAGGCACAUCGAGAAGGUGCACAUCGACCAACGCAAAGGAGAAGAGUUUUCCUGUUUCUGGGCCGGCUGCGUGCGACGCAACAAACCCUUCAACGCUCGCUACAAGCUGCUUAUCCACAUGAGGGUCCACUCUGGAGAGAAACCCAAUAAAUGCAUGUUUGAGGGCUGCUCCAAGGCGUUCUCCCGUCUGGAGAACCUGAAGAUCCACCUGAGGAGCCACACGGGAGAGAAACCGUACAUCUGCCAGCACCCCGGCUGCCUCAAGGCCUUCAGCAACUCCAGCGACCGCGCCAAACACCAGCGCACACAUCUGGACACGAAGCCGUACGCCUGUCAGCUCCCAGGAUGCACCAAACGCUACACCGACCCCAGCUCACUACGCAAGCACGUCAAAGCUCAUUCAGCCAAAGGCAUCCAGGAGAGGGAGGUCAAGGUUCAGGUGCACGCGCUGCUGGAAUCGGACAUUUUGAGCGAUUGUCUGGCCCGGCAGCAUCUCCACCAGGGAAACCACUCGCCUUUACCCAGCGUCGAUGACUUCACAGGUGUGUACUCAAACAGCAGCUCCGUCCACAACAGUGCCAAUUCUGAGUUCCUCCCUCCGUCAGCGGACACCUGCUCCAGGUACCGAGGCCUGGAGGGGAACUUUGAUGCCAACAGCCCGAUAUCUUCGCUGACUAGCGCAGGGAGCGUGAGAGAGGGGAAUAGAUCGACCUCACUGUUCAUGUCCGCUGACGGCAGCCCGGUGAGCUCCUCCUCAGACAGAGGAGACGUCCAGCUGCAGGACUAUCACAAAAACUUCCAGCAGCAGCAGCAGGUGUUCUCCCAGCAGCAAGGAUGUCUGUACGGAGGGGGAAAGGCGCUUCAACCAGGCAGCGACGGAGGCUUCGAACCCGCCGGUUACUUCACAAACCCCCCCACCUCUCACUCUACAGGGUUCGACCUGUUGCAGGACCUGCAGGGUCAGGCGGGGGGCGGGUACUCCGACGACAGCUUCCUCUUCCAGGCGGGAGGCGUCGACCGCUGCCUCAACCAGAUCUAUUCCAUCUACCUGGACUCAUGAUGGGUCAGCUGCCCAGAACCAAAAAAAACUGAAGCCCAAAUCUCCUUGUCUUUCUGAAGACUAAAUGCAGCAUGAAAGGUGUGCGAGCAGACAAUCACAGUUUAGUCGAGGCUGAAGUCAGCGUCAGCGGGAGUGUAAUGGCACAAGCUAAAUGCAAACAUAAGUAAAGUGAGAGCGUCUUUAACAGAGGUGACAUUUUUUGUUCAGAGAUGACCACAGCAUUUGGGAUCUGAAUGAGCUUCUUCUUUUAUUGGUUAGGUGGAUCUGGGUCUCUGGCAGCAGUGAUGUUAAUUCUGUCUCCAUUUAAUGUUAAAAUACUGUCAUUUUUUAGGACGCAAUCUUAUAACGUAGUGGUUUAAAACCUAAGGCCCAUAAAUAAGUUUCUUGGGGUAGAAUGAAGAUACUGUAAGAACAAAACAACACUCCUCUGCUCUUCAAGGUAUACUUUAGUUUUGUCCAGUUUUUGUUUGCUACCUUAUUCAAAUGAAUCUGAGAAGUCAAAAAGAGUUAGACUUUUGGUUUAGAUGCACACAACUCUGAUAAUUCCAGGUGUGAAAGGUGUUGUAAGUUGCUUCAGCUUAAGGCACCACAAGACCAAAAACACGUUUAUGUUAAAGCAGAUCAUGAGUAAAGCAGUUUGAGAUAUGCGUACUUGUUUUAUUGCAGAGGAGUUAGAAGAGAGGGUUGAUAACCAUGUCAGGACGCUAAAACAUUUGGCUACUGAAGGACAAGAAGUACUGUAGGAUUAUCAAAUACAUCCUUAAAGAAAUUGGUAACCAAUGCAAAGAUGCUUAACUAUGGUGGCGGGAGGAGUUUGUUUUUGGAAUAACUAAAACAAAAGUACUUAUUUAAGAUUGAAGCGUGUGUCCGAAGGGUUAUUGAGAAACCUCCAAGUGCUUCUCGAGUUACAUUUAGCUGCAGAAGAGGAUAAACUGUAGCAGUGCUGCCAUCAAGUGUCUGUAAAUAUAAUAUAAAUACAGUCUGUGUGUUUAUCUCCUGGGACUUCAAACUGACACACCAAACAACAAAUACUGCACUAAAAUAUUCCAUCUGUGAUCUUCUGCCAUGGACUGAGAGGUGCCAACUAAAUAAGUGUCAAUAUAAUCCAACACCGAUCGAGAGCGUAGCAUAAUCUCCUUUUUUAUAUUGUCUUUUGUGUUUCUUCUCAUGUUGUAUCAGUGUUUAUUCAGUGAGAGGGAGGUGUGCAUUGUUUACAAUACGUGCUCUGCACUCUGCAAAAAAAAAAACGACCAACCAGAAAAAAUGUUUACACUGAUUUUGUAGCAAAAGAUUUUCUCAUUAUUGUCAUUGAACAGUGUAUAUAGGCUUUAUAAGAAAUGCACCUGUCUUUUAUAUCAAAUAAAUCUGUUUGUAUACGUUUGUGUUUGUUAGUAUUAGUGCUUUAACCCAAUGCUUACUUUCAUUAAUGAUGAUAUAUAUUCUUGAUCAAUCAGUUAUAUAAUGUUUAAAAACUGAAAAAUACCUCUUGAUAUUUAUAGGCAGAAUAUUUAUACACUUUGUAUUUAUUUUCAAGGAAAAGAAGAAAAUCCUAUCCCUUGAGAAGCUGGAACCAGUUGAUUUUUUGGGGGCAUUUUAGGGUGGAAAAUUCAACAAUCAAUAAAUUAUCUUUCAAUUAAUUAGAAUUAAUUACUCUAUUUCAGCCUCUCGUUGAAAAGUGUGUAAAUGUAUGUUAACAGAAUGUUUUUGAGCUUAUUGAGUGCUGGUUAAUACUGCCAUCUAUUGGUCAUCCAUAGCUGAAGUCAUAAUGGUCCUGAAAAGGUUCGAGUUUUCAUAAAAGAUCAAUUCAUUUCAAUUUCUGUGCUUCACAA